AUGGGCGUCGUCCGACGCAAACAUGGCGCAGCGUGCCCGCCGUGCGAGGCAGUGGGCACGAAGGCGGUGGCAGCCUUCGCGGCGGUGGACGUUGGCAAGGCGGAGUCGCAUUCUCCGGGGCCCCAUAUGGUGCACCACUCCGGGCUACGGAACCGUGUUGUGGUGGAUGUCAUCGGCUCGUCUCAGGACGGAUUCAUCAUCGAUCUGACAUCCACCGGCACCGUCCAGGGAAGUUUCAUCCCCGCGCCGCGCCCUCCCCAUAUCCCGCCGUCGUCGCCGCCAACCCGCCGCCCCUCCGCGUCCCGCCCCUCCGCAUCGACGCCGCCCGCCCGCCGCCCCGCCGCGCCCCGUCCCAGCCGUCCGCCCGCCGCCCCUCCGCGCCCCGCCUCGCCCCGGCCGCCCGCCCCGCCCCGGACGCCGCCCGCCCGCGCCCCACCCCGGCCGCCCGCCCGCAUCCCCGCCCUGCUCGACGCCGGCCCCCGACGCGUCCCCGCCCCGCUUGACGCCGGCCCCCGGCUCCCGAAGAUGGAGGUGAACAACGACGACAUGGACUCGUUGUCCGAUUCAUCGGAUUGGUCGUCAUCCGACGAUUCGGACAUUGAUGAGUUGUUGCAAGACGAUGACGUCGAGAUGAUGAGCCUCCUCGUCGACGUGCAAGCGUUUGAAGACCGCGCGAAGCUUAUGGAUCAGAGGAGAGGGUCGAAGAUGGGGUGA